AAUGAACACCAUGUAAAUAUAUAACGGUCUAUGGUAUAUAGUCGUAUCUUAUAAUCGAGUCCUUGCUAUAUGGAGUUAAUUUAGUUUCUUAUCACUAUUAAUAGCUUAUCCAUUAACCAAAAGGGUCUAUGAUCUGAACAUUGUUUUGAGAUUACAUUCUGUCAGAUUGACAGUUGACAAUCAAGUUGUUCUCGAAUCGGAUACAUAUGUUUAUAUCGAGCGGAGGAGACAGUGAAAAUUAAUAAUGAAAAUGGCGGACAUACUGAAUGGUGAUCCUAUAAUCAUGGAGAAUAUUACAAGUGGUAUUGCUAAUGCUGGAGGAUUUGAAUAUACCUGGAGGUAUAUGACGACCAACUAUACAAGAUUUCAGAUCGCGACGUACGGGUCUGCACUCCUUCAUUUAAUGUCAUACAUUCUGAUUGCCUCCCCAUCUAUUAUUUUCCGAUACAUCCCUUUCAUGGAUCGCUUCAAAAUUCAACAAAAGCCGCUCUCAGGCGCCAAUGAGAUGAAAUGUUUCCAACUUCUUCUGCUAAAUCAGCUUAUAAUCCACGUCCCGUUUUAUCUUGGAGCACAUUUUUAUUGUGAACUCGCCAAUUUACCGUUUAGCUACGAGACAAUGCCCCCAUGGUAUGUCACUCUGGCCCAGUGUUUUGGUUGUCUAGUAAUAGAAGAUACCUGGCAUUAUUUCAGUCAUCGCCUACUCCAUCAUAAAAGCAUCUAUAAAUAUGUCCACAAAGUACAUCAUACGUGGCAGGCUCCACAUGGCAUGGUUGCAGAGUGCGUUCAUCCUAUUGAAACGAUAUUACUUGGUGUGGGUAACAUGUGGGGUGUUCUGUUCUUUGGGACUCAUUUCAUCCUCCUAUGGGCCUGGAUGUUCGUAAGACUCCUGGAAGUGAUUGAUGUUCAUUCUGGGUACAACGUGCCGCUAAAUCCUCUUCAUCUAUUUCCAUUUUAUGGAGGUGCUAAAUUUCAUGACUUUCACCACAUGAACUUGAAAGGAAACUACGCCCCUACCUUCAUCUGGUGGGAUAAGAUCUUUGGGACUGACAUCCAGUAUAAGGAAUACUACAGACUCAAGAAGGAACAGGAAGAGGCAAAAAAGCAAAAGUGAUUUAGGAGAGAACAAAAGUGACGAUCUAUUCCCAAACAAGGAAUUAUUUCACAAAUAAUGAUAUUAUAUAUAUUCAGAGAAAGUUAUAUGAAUUAUGUAAUUAUUAUAAAAUUUGUAGAAUGCCUAUAUUCUCCAGUAAUGAUUAGAGGAAGAAUGAUAUAUCAAUAGAAUCAGUCAUUUCCAAUUCUUCUAUUAUGCCAAUUCGUCCAAUUAACAACUCGUCUACUAUCAUUUGGUCUACCAUCAGUUCGUCCACCCACCACAUGGUCU